UUCGUCACCCUACAGUGACGUUUUUAGGGGCCAUUAAGAAACCUUCAUUUUCCAAAACAAAUAGUUAUCUUAGAUACGACAAAUAAAUACCACGAAUGACUUGAAGAUUUUUUAGAUUAUGAGUUUAAGUGGUUGUGCAUUUUGUAGGCGAGAGAACUUGAUUGAAGUAGUAUCUUGGCUCUACAUACUAAGAGACAAGAUCUAAGGUCUGUGAACUGGAAACUUAAUUUCAGUCCAGAUUUCUGCAAAAUGUCCAACUCAAACCAGUCUUCACCAUCUCUAACCUACGCACCCCACCCUUGGACUGUCUGGUAUUGGUCUUUACGAGGGAUUAUUGCGAUCAUUGCAGUUCUUGGUAAUGGAAUAGUUGUAUGGCUGAUCAUUUCGCGACGAAAGCUUUGGACCAGACCAAACUGUUUUGUCUUGUCGUUGUCGCUGGCGGAUUUCUGCGCUGGUGCAAUUAAUACUCCUUUGGAGCUCUAUUGUACUAUGUUGGGAACGUCUUGCAGUUCGUGGCUUGUGCAAGCCAUCAAGGAUAUGUUUAUUGUCGCAUCAGUUUUCAAUCUAUGCGCGAUGACAAUAGAUCGUUACGUCGCUGUAACCCAUUCUCUCAGAUACCCUCGUAUUAUGAACGACAAAACCUGCGUUCUUGUCAUCGCAACAGCGUGGGGUCUUGGGAUUUCCAUUCCUUGGAUUUUCUACAUCAUUCGCAUUAGAGAGUUCCACACCUAUCGUAUCAUCAGUAUCUUUAGACUGYUGUUUUGCAACGCUUUACCAAUGGCAGGCCUCGUGUUGGCUUACUUCAGAAUGUUAAGAAUCUCGAGGAAGCAUCGCCGUAAGGUUGGACAACAGCGACAACAAGUUGACUUCAACUAUCUGAGCAAGCGAAGAGUAAAUGAGCGCAGUGAGAACAGGUCGGCAGUGCGUUUCAUUGGAAGCAUGGUUGCCUUCUUCGUAUUUUGUUACUCUCUGACAUUCUAUCGUGUUCUAUCUAGCUACAUACUUUUUAUUUCGGUACCAUAUGUUAUUGUACCGAUAUCAAGGCUUCUUUAUUACAUGAACUCUGCGCUAAACUGUCUUGUUUAUGCGCUGUUUAAAAAGGACAUCAGAAGAGAAGCAAGGAACUUGUUUUGUAGAACCGGUACAGAGCAGUGAGCGUACGUGAUCCAAGACACUUUCAAUUUUUUCUUUACCUUUCCUUCCUGACUUUUCUAUCCUCCCUUGUUUCCUUUUAUCCCUUAUUGAUUCCCUCUAUUCUUUCUUUGAAUCAUACCUACGUACCUAUCUA